AUGCAACGUCUCGCACGUUGGGUCGCGUCAGGUUUGAGUCCCUCCCCCCUGCCACAACCAUCGGAGGGGAUCGAGGGAGAGCGGUCAGUGGAUGUGUCGACAAGAGUUGAGGAGGCUGGAACGUCUAACUCAACAAGUGCCGCAGAGCGGCCACAUAGCCCCCCAGCGGAAAAGAAAGACAAAUCCGCUGCGAAUGACGAACAAGUGCAGCGUAAUGCUGCCCUUCUUGCUGAACUCGGUAUUAAGACGCGAGAUUUCGCGUACGAGAGCAAGCUGCCCCCUAUCCGGUCCGUUCCCUACGUACCCGUCCAAACGUGCCGUCCCCGCGUCCAGCUCGACACGCCCUCCCGCCUCCCCCCGCCCGAAGAUGUGACCUACUCACAGCUCGGGUUCACCCCUGACCGGUCGCCCUCAAGCGAGCCGGCCCACCGCGAGGCGUCACCGCCGCCAAUACGUCCUCUGACGUUCACCCCGACCUCGGGGACACCCAGCGGCUCGUCACAGCCGCCCCCAUCGCUGCCUGCCACUCGGCGACGCCGCGGGACCGCCGCCGCCACUGCUCGCGGUUCGACCCGGAGGACCCGGCAACACGACGUCGUCGAGCCGCCCGCGCCCGCGCGCUCAUCGCGGUACAACCUCCGCGAGAGGACCGCUCCCGUGCGGGGAGUACCCGCCGUGAAGUCCCGUGCUGUGCGCGCGAAUGCGUCGCGCCAGGAGGGAACGGGGAAGGGCGCCGCGUCGCCCCCGAAGAAGGGCAAGGGCAAAACUGCCCAGGCGUCUGCGCCCAAACGAGGGCCCAAGUCUUCCCCGCCAAAACGGACGACGAGGAAGACUGCGAAGCAGGCACUGUUAACAUAG